UGCGGACCUUUGCCAUGACUUCAUACCGUAGUGGUGCGCGCCAUCUAUUGUCAACCCUAACAACUACUUGUUUGUUUACAAAAUCUAGGAAGGGAUCUGUAGACAGCGCUUGGUAUAUCUUUAAUCAUCGGCUUCGUCAUGGCUCCUGAGAAGACAGACCCUGAGGGUGACACGGCAGUUAAUACCAGUAAUGUGUCAGAAGACAGUGUAGCUGCUACAGAAGGAGAACAUGACCCUUAUUUUGAGCCAGUAGUUACUCUUCCUGAAGUUCAUAUAAAAACUAAUGAAGAAGAAGAGGAGGAGAUGAUAAAGCUGAGAUGCAAACUUUUCCGUUAUCACACUGUUGAGUCUCCAGCAGAAUGGAAGGAGCGAGGGACUGGGGAUGUAAAGAUUUUGAAGAAUGGUAGCAAGAAAACGGUACGUUUGUUGAUGCGGCAAGAUAAGACUCUCAAGAUCCGUGCAAACCAUUACAUCACACCUUACAUGGAACUCAAGCCAAAUUGUGGCAGUGAUCGAGCAUGGGUGUGGUCUGUUGUAGCCGAUUUUGCAGAUGAGGAACCAAAGCAAGAGCUCUUUGCCAUCAGAUUUGCUAAUUCAGAGAAUGCUCGACUCUUCAAGGAGGUAUUUAAUGAAGCUCGAGGUAUUGUGACUGUGGCAGAAGUUAAAACAAAAGAAGAGGAGGAAAACAAAAGGGAUGAUACAAAAGAAAAAACAGACAGCAGGACUGACGAUCAGGCAGAUGACAAGGCAGCAGUAGAUGUUUCCAAACAAAUGGAGAAAAUGACUGUAAAUGCUGAUCAGACAAAGGAAUAAAAGAAGACUAGUAUGUGUUUAUUAGAAAAGUUAUCAUCCUGAUAUCUUUUUAAUUCUGCAGAGCUUUGCUUGUCUCAUUAACAUUCUCAAUUUUUUUUUACUGCAUUACUGUAUUGUAGAUACCAUCAUUCCAUAUUUUAUUUAGGUAGAUAGUUGUUUACAGAUGAUCAUUAUUGAAUUGUCUCAGUUUUUGUCAAAAUGAUGUGCCUUGUGGAGGUCUUCAUUGGUGAAUGUUACCCUAGAAUGAGCUGUGAUCAGUAUGCAUGGUGAAUUACUUCAAUGUGUGUGAUAAAGAUGUAAUUAUGAUAGUCAACAUGUAGUGAAGUACAUACCUUGGUGAAUGCUUACCUUUAAUUAAAUUAAAAUUAGUUGUGUUUUCUUGGGGAUUUCUGUUGACAGCCUCAAAUAUGUUCUUGAAUAUAAGAAAUAGAAACUUGAAAUUUAUCAACAACAAGGUGAUAUGAUACUGUAAUAUCAUAGUUAUAUUUAUGAAUUUGUUUGUGUAUGUAUUAUAUUAUUUUUUUCAGCUAUAUUGCUAGUAGAGUUAUGUGAGCUAGUUGUAAUAGACCUUAACUUUUAAUCUUAAACGUGCUUACAUCCAAUUUUGCUUUAUAAUAAGUUUUAAAUAAUAAGAUUUUUUCAUUUGAAAAUUCUUUAGUUGUAUUUGAUUAGUAGAAUUUUGUGUUCAAACAGACGAUCUUCUGGUCUUAAUUUAGAUAUCACUCGGCCUUGACUUAUUCAGUUGUAUUCAAGAUACAUGUAGCUUUAAUCUCAGUAGUUAUAAAUAGUUUACCCUUCGACUUAAGACAAAGAUUUGAUGAAGGGAAGUUUUUUUUUUAUUUUCCAUUGUUUAAUAAGCUUUCCUCUAAUAUGGGUAUGUUGUAAUUUGGAAUGUUUCUGUUCUCAUAGUUUAGAUUUCUUUAAGAUCUUAGAACCAUGGUUGACAGAGUUGGUACAGUAUUUUUGUUGAGCAAAUUUUUAGUUUUGUUGAAACAGGGGUGUUAAUAUUUUUGUCAGUACUAUGGCCUGAAAUGAAGAGUGAAUAUUUCUCACUCAGAUAAGUAACAGUAAUACAGCAAUUCCUGACAGCAAAUCAGAUGCAAGCCACUAUUGUUGUCAUACUUUACUUUUUCUUUCAUUGCUAAGAAGUUCUAUGUAGUUCACUUAGUUUAAUGUGAUUCCACUAUUUAAUGUUUAGUGUGGCAAUCAUUUAUUUCAAGGAAUGUAGGAAUCAGAGCUGGUAUCAUCCAGGUACUCUCUUUAUUGCCUGCACACAGUUUCCCAUAAUAUUUGCUUACAGCUCUUACAUUUAUUGUUUACCUUUUGCAUUGAUAAAAUAUACACAUUUAUAUGUAGAGGGUAUAUUGGCUAUUUCAUGAAAUUAGUUCAUAGUUGGUGAUAGUAAUAGAGAAAUCGGACAUCCAAAUCUAGGUGGAUACACAUGCUAUAAGUAAUUCUAGACAUUUAUGUUUCUUAAUAUACAGAUAUGCAUAUAAACAUUAUAUUCAAUGUGUAACAUUAAGAAAGUUGUUUGAGCUAGCUUUAAGAAGCAAUCUACAUUGUUUGGAGACAAUUGCUUGUAAGCUUACAAGAAAAUAGUGUUAAUCUCUCUUCUCCAUCAGUUUAGAAUGUGAAAAUGCAAGUACUUUGAAAAGCUACCAUUUGGUAAGCAACAAAUGGUGGAUGAUGUUUAUUAUUACUUUUUUCUCUAUGAAAAAUACCAAUUUGGGCUUUUGUUUAGUCAUCAGUAGAAUUAUAAUAACUAGUGGUUAGUAUUCCGAAAAAAAUGUGUAAAUGCAUAUGAUAAUUCAGUAAUGCCACUCAUGUGAACUGAGACUUAUUACUCACCUGUUUACUGUACACCAGAUAGAGAGUGAAUGUCUUAUUAUUAUGAUGUACGUAUAGAGUGAGUUUGCGUUUGUUUAAUGUAUCCCUGUGUUGUGCAAACGAUAUGGCCUAAAUACAGCAGCUUAUUUUGUAAAUACAGGUGAUGCUUCUGUCUGGUUGUUUGAUAUGUGGAUAAUGGGAGUGGAAGUUUUUUCAACAAAGUUUAUAGUAGUCAAUUAAAUUUAAUAAUCAACAAAAUGUACAAUGUAAAGACUGUAAUAUCUUAAGGUUAUGAAUUGGGUGUUGGUUAUUUUACCUGUAGUUUUCAAAUAAACUACAUUUUUUACAGGGAACUCUUCCAAUCACAGUGCCUGGGUAGUCUCAUUAUGAAUCAUGCUCAGAAUUGUCUUGUGUCAUAAUCAUUAUAAUACAGAUUAAGUAAUCAAACUGGCACAAGCUGGCACACAGCAGCCAGUUGGGCACCAGUAUUACUGCUCACUAACACUUAAGAAAUUAAUUUGAGUUCAGAAUGUUUCCUUCGUAUUGUCUUGAAGGAGUUUAUGACUACCACAAAUUGCAUCUUAUGUGACUAACCUCAUGGUGUGUUUUAUACAAGAUCCUCACAUAGACUUUAUCUUCAUAUAGAAAUUGGUACUAAACAAUGAAAGAUAAUUGCAUGUUGCUUUGAAGCUGUGAUUGGGUUUGGUGCUUACAAAAGACCAACCCCACUUAGGGGCAUAGAGUAACCUGCUAUUAAACAAAAACAAAUUAA